AUGGACCGCACAUACAACGCCGAUAAAAUACUCGAAAUGCUGAAUGACUCACAAACAUAUGAGGAAAUUACCGCCAACAAGGACAAAGUCGUUAUGAAACUUAUGAAGGAGUUAGCAGGUAAUCACAGUCACAGCCUUACAGAGAAAGAGGUUAACUACCUCUGUCACUUCGAUUUUAAAACCAGUGGUUUCUACGGCCUUCCAAAGAUACAUAAAAGCAAGAUCAUUUGUCAGGAAGCCAAAGUCCAAAAGAAACCAUAUAUCAGAGUUCUCAGGCCUGCAGAUCUCAAAUUUAGGCCCAUAGUAGCUGGUCCUAGAUGUCCAACGAGUAGACUCAGUAACUUUGUAGACAUCCUUAUCAAGCCGUUUACUUUACAUGUCCAAAGUUAUCUGAGGGACACUAUCGAUUUCCUCAAUUAUUUACCAAGGAUAGUACCUGAAACUACAAUAUUAGUCUCCUUCGACGUGACCAGCUUGUACACAAACAUCAACCACGAACUCGGCGUAAAGGCCAUGGAAUACUGGAUCAAUAAACACCCACGGAGCCUGAACUCACGUUUCAGCAAAGAAUUUAUUAUCGAUUCAAUCCUUUUAAUACUGACGAAUAAUACUUUUACCUUUGAUGAUAGAAUAUUCCUUCAAAAGAAAGGUACUGCGAUGGGAACGAAAAUGGCUCCCAGCUAUGCAACCCUUGUUCUCGGAUAUUUGGAGAACGAACUCUACAGUCAGGUCUUUAAUAAAAUGGGAGAAGAAAUAGGCCAUUAUGUUUACACAAACUGGAGAAGGUUCUAGGAUGACUGCUACAUAAACUGGCCUUACGGUGAGGAUAAAUUAAAGGAACUUCACGAUAUUUUAAACAGCUUAGAUGGAAGCAUUCAACUUACUGCUGAAACUAGCUGCAAAGAACUUCCGUUCCUUGAUGUGAUGAUAAGAAAAGACAAAACUCACCUAACAACCGAUAUUUAUUAUAAACCGACGGAUUCAUCCCAAUACCUCCCAUAUACAUCCAGCCAUCCAAGACACACUAAAAAUAACAUACCAUACAACCUGGCUCGGAGGAUAUGUAUGAUUGUUGAAAACCAGGACAUAAGGAAAAGGCGACUAGACGAUCUCAAACAGAUCCUGCUGAGGAAACAGUAUCCAGCUGAGAUCAUUGAUUACGGUGUAAACAAAGCCCUCACCCUGACAACGGAAGAGUUAAGAAGGGUGAGAGAGCAAGCUACCGAAAAUAACCUCCUUUGUCUGGUAACAACUUACAAUCCCAACAAUCCGCAAGUAUUCCAGCUGGUCAGGAGAACACUCCCCAUGUUAAACCAAAACUCCUCAUUAAAAUCCAUUAUGAGCAAGACUAAAGUAAUUCACAGUCAGCGACAACCCAGAAACCUCAAACGAAUGUUAUAA